AUGUACACCCUCAACCAAUUUUUACCCGAUUGUUCGGGUUUCUUUGUAAGUUCAGAGUGUUUCGUCGUAUUUUAGCCAUUUUUUCGAAUUUUUACCUGCUGUCAUGGUGAAUGUCGUAAUUUUUUUAGGAAAAUGAUAAAACUGAAGUUGAAAUUGAAGUAAUUAGAUAGAAAAGACAAUUAGUUACAAUUUCAGACCAGAAACUAUGAGCGGAUCGACUUUUUCUUCGUCCUUCUUCAACGACUUUUGUUGUCCCUCCAAGUUCUGUGCGGUUUUGAGAUCAGAUCUCCACAUGGCGUCGAAGAUGGCUCUGUAAGUUGUUUUUCACUUUUGUUGGCUUUGUUUUUAGGUAGUUUGACAACAAUUUCCUUGAAUAGCAAGGUUUUAUUGACAGGUCUUGAAUUUUCUUGCCUACUACAAUAUCGAAUGUCUAUUUUUGUCAAUUUCUUUCAGAACUUUUUUGUCAAGAAUGUCGUUCGGGUCUCCCGAAACUAUUACUUGAUUCUGAAGGACUUCCGCAAUCGUUUGGCCGAGAAUUAUUCCUCCGGACGAAUUGCGACGCCUGAAAUCUACAAUCCUUCGAAAUCGACCGAUACCAAGUAUUCCUCGCCCGCGAGCACCUCCGAACCACCACCGGAAUGCGAUGAGUCGGCUAUCAAACGCUGUUCUAGUAAGGUUUUCUUCUGUUUUUCUGAUUUUUAGGCCAUGGGUAAUAUCAGCUUUUCAUCGGUUGAGAUCGAUAAUUCUUUUGGUUGUUUCAGUCGGUCACAGCUACCCAGAAUCAAUGGAAGUUGCGCGUUUUGAACCCAUGAGUAUCAGUACCGUCGCAAGAAAGAUGGUUGUUGGGCUUGUUGGAGUAAUUCCCGAACCUCACAGCUUCGUAAGUCGCUUAAACUGGUAUUGAAUUGGUGUUUAGACUGUUCUUGCUGGUCUCAUUCCGCUCAAAGAAGACGAUGACGCGUUUCAUUCCGUUGUAAGUCGAGAUUUCUCAGUUGAUCUCAUGAAUAAUAUAAUUUUUUCAAAAUUUUAUGUAAUGUUAUGUAAUCUUUUGUAAGAUUCCGUCAUUUUAGGUCAAUUCACCUGUGGACAAGACUUCUGGCGCCAACACCACCAUGUACGGAGACAUUCAAGAUGAUGCGAGCUCGGUGAAAGAGAUCGAGGGCGAUCAAGUGGAACGGCCCAUGGUCCGGACUGCCUUAAAAGUUGGAAAGGGACGAAAGAAGAUGGAGUUGAAGCCCAAAUUUGCGGAGAACAUCGAUACAUUCCAUCAUGAUCGGUCCGUCGAAGGAGAUUUGAAGAGUGCGAAUGCCCGCGCUGGCACCCCACAUCCGAAAAGAAGCACAAAGAAGUCGAGGAGGGUCCUGGACAAGACCGCACAACAUUUGGGCGCCACCCUUGAGGAAGAGGAGAUCCGUAGCCCGCGUUCGAACGACCUGUCCAGCUUCUUCGACGAGCCAGAAGAAGAGCCUCGGGCCUGCACGAUGUGAAGUCGGAUGUCUCUCAAACCUUGUUUAUCACACUGUCAAAGCCUCUAUGAAGCUUGUAGUCUCUUUUUAUCACAAGUAGAUUCGAAAAGAACACUUGAUUUGCUCAGUUUUCCAAUGUCAACUCCAGUCCCCCCUAGUACAACAAAAUUACCCAAUUUAUCCUCAAAAUUUACUGUCUACAUCAAGAUUUUUUUCACUUUCACAUUGUUUACAGCAGCUCUCUUCUACAUUUCAUCCUAAUUUCCCAUGUUUUUAGCGUUCUGUAUAAAUUAAAGUAGUUUUUAUAUUGUUUUAGUCCAUAAACUUUGAAGUUCUAUUUUUUGCCUUUUUUUCUUGUAUGAAUUCUAAAAUUAGAUGGCAAACUGAAUGUGUUCUGAGUUGGAUUGGAACUUGUGUUCAAUAUUUUUUCAUAAUUUGCUCAUUUCAAGCCCUCCGGUCCACAAAUCCUCCGCUUUUUUUGCGGUUGAAGAGUGACCGGCCCCUGACAAGCGCGAUCACUCGAGAAAAACAAAUGGGAACAGUAUUGAGUUGCAAGGGCCGGCUGGAACAAGGAAAAGAACCCUUCUGAUUUGCGAAAACACCCUCGCCGGCGUUCGAAAUUUUUAUUAGUCGGGAUGAACGGGAUCCGUUUUUCUGGUCAUUCCCAGUUCUGGAUUCGAGUGGGGAUUACGGUAAUGGAAUCUUGGGGGUCUAAAAGGAGUUUAGCGACCUUUUUGAAGUUGUUUCGAGGUCAAUCGGGAGAAUAACAUCAGUUUCUUUGAUUUAGUCAUCAUGGAUAAUAUAAUUUUUUGGCCAAAUCAAAAUUUUUAGUGCUCAAAUCGAAAUGGUGAUCGCCUUGAAGUAUGAAUUGCUCAGUUUGCCGGGUUGGAGUCGAGCCGAAGGCCUUCGAAUGAUCUUCCACAUGGCUGGUGUCGAAUACGAAGAUGUCCGAUUGACUGUUCCGGAAUGGAGACAGUACAAAACUAAAGGUAGUAGGAGUUAUUUCAGACCUCAUAAUUGUCUAUUAAUCUAAUUAUAAUCAUAUUUCUAUCAAAUAUUUUAUAUUAUAGUAGGUAUUUUGAUUUAGUCUCGCUUCCCCCAGAAGUCCGCCUGCCCGUCCUCCGAAUCAAAGGGCAUUGUACAGCAGCGGGCACAGUUGAGAUCGGAAGAACAUUGGCUAGACGGUUUGGUGAGAAAUAAAAGAAAUAAAUAAUUUUUUAGUCAUCGCACUGUGCGGAUAUUACACUUGUCUAAAUCAGGUGAAAUUUUGGUCAAAAAAAGGGAAAAUUUUUGGUGAAUAUUGUUUUAAAUGUCUUUUUAUCACACCAUCAAGCUAUUUGUAACAUUGAGCAUGCCUGAAAGACCAUUAAAAUUGCUAUAUUAUACAUGUCAAGUAUAAUAUCUGCACUGUGAAAUUUUUGUCGAAAAACAUAGAAAUAAUUCUCGAAACUUGUUGAAAUCUAAUAAUAAGCCUCUAAAAGGCUUAUUCAAGUCAAAAAAAAACUUCUGUGGGUUACUGUAACCAACUUCUUGUAGGGCUUUACGGAGAAUCCGCAAUUGAGCAGCGAGAAAUUGAAGAAAUUAUGCGAUACGUGGACCGAAUCCACAACGAAUUGAUGCCGAUUAUACGCUACACAUUGGCCAGAGACUAUCAGAAACGGGUAAGUGAGCAUUUCGACAAAAAUUUUAUAUAUUCUAAUAUCAAGUGCAAUAUAAUCAUCAUAAAAAUUUUUUUACAACCUUGAGAAAUACUCUCAGGCAAUUUACCAGGCCUCCAGAGCUCAAAACCACACGUUUCAGCACUUGCUUACUCCAAAAUUUACAUCCAAAUCAGUCAAAAUUUGCUACAAUGCCGGACCUGAUCCAAUGGCAAAAAACGUAUCAUUUUGCAUCCGGAAAGUAUCCAAAAAUGUAGCAAAAUGCCUCCCUUUCAAAGUGAAAAAGCUAGGAUUAAAAAACGAAGUUUUUUCACUUGAAGAGGGAGGUAUUUUGCUACAUUUUUGAUAUUUUCCCGGAUGCAAAAUGAUAGAUUUUUUGCAACUGUUUCAAGUCCGUCACUGUAUAAUAUCCAUGUCGUAUUUAAUAGAGUUUGGAGCCCAAAAAGCUAAUUAAAUCUCGACGAUUUUCAGAACGAAUCUUGGCUAGACUUCAAGGAGAACGUCCUCAAUCCAACUAUGGACUUUCUCGAGCGAAGAUUGGGGAGCAAUCCGUAUUUUAUCUCGGAUCAGGUGAGUUUUUGAGCCACAUCAACAAAUUUCUUACAUUUUUGUGGAGGAAAAUGUUUAGUUUGCGUUUUUAAGGACGCUAAGCCUCAGAAAAAACGUCGGGAAAUUGAGUUCCUCGUAUUUUACCCUAAAAUACGAGCGUUUUUCGUAUUUUUUGCCGAUUUUUUGUCAUGUUCUACAAUUUUUUGGCCAUAAAUUUCGUAUUUCAGCUUUUGAUAUUUUGUAAAAUAAAAAAAAGUAUUUUUGAUUGCUUUAAAAAACAAUGCUUUUACUCCAGCGACGUAUUUUACCCUCUAAAAUCGCUGGAACUUCGUCAAUUGAGGAAACUGAAAAGUAUUGUUUUUCUUCGAUGUAAGUGUCCAAGUGAGGACAAUCGAUGGCGCUGAUUUCGAAAAUGACAUUCAUCUUUUUUUUGAUUGUUACUAUUUUGCUUAAGCAGUACUGUAACGUAGUAAUUUCUAGGAUUUUUUUCGCAAAUACUCGAUUUAGGGGUUUCCAAUAGUGCUGAUUCCGAAAAUCUUAUUUGUUUUUUUAUUAGAAAUCAGCACCAUCGAAAACCCAAAAAAAUCGCGUAUUUGUGAAAACAAUUCAAAAAAAUUACUACUUUACAGUACUGCUUCACCAAAAUAGUAACGAUCAAAAAAUGAUGAAUGUCAUUUUCGAAAUCAGCGCCAUCGAUUGUCCUAAAUUGGACACUUACAUCGAAGAAAAACAAUACUUUUCAGUUUCCUCAAUUGACGAAGUUCCAGCGAUUUUAGAGGGUAAAAUACGUCGCUGGAGUAAAAACAUUGCUUUUUAAAGCAAUCAAAAAUAUUUUUUUUAUUUUAGAAAAUAUCAAAAGCUGAAAUACGAAAUUUUAUGGCAAAAAAAUUGUAGAAUAUCAAAAAAAAUCGGCAAAAAAUCCCGGAAACGCCUGUAUUUUAGGGUAAAAUACGAGAAAUUGGAUUUCGCAAAGUUUUUUUUGAGACUUAGCAUGCUUAAAAAUGCAAAAUAAAAAAUUUCCUCCACAAAAAUGGAGUAAAAGCAUUGCUUUUUCUUUAAAUUUUGGAAAAUACCAAAAGCUAAAAUACGAAAUUUUAUGACAAAAAAAAGUCUUUUUCCUCAAACACCCCCGUAAAAUCACCAAAAUUUUUACCCCCAAUUUUUCCAAAUUUCAGGUAACAUUGGCGGACCUCAGCGUGGCCGAGGUUCUCUCCCGGUUCGUAAAUCUAUUCGACUCCCAUAUUUUGGAUCACCAUCCACUCUUGGACGAGCAUCGGCUUCGAAUUGAGGGCCUUCCACAGCUCCGGGAAAUGGUCAAAAAUCGGCCCAAUUCCGUAUUUUAG